UAUGCACUCUUUCAGAAACCUGAGCUGGAAGUAGCAGUGAAAUGCAUUAACAAGAAAAACCUCGCAAAAUCUCAAACUCUGCUGGGCAAGGAAAUAAAAAUACUUAAGGAAUUGAAACAUGAAAACAUCGUUGCCUUGUACGACUUCCAGGAAAUGGCAAACUCUGUCUACUUGGUUAUGGAGUACUGUAAUGGUGGUGACCUGGCAGACUAUCUUCACACUAUGCGGACACUUAGUGAAGACACCAUCAGGCUCUUUCUCCAGCAGAUAGCAGGUGCCAUGAAAAUGCUGCACAGCAAAGGCAUCAUCCAUCGGGACCUGAAACCACAGAAUAUCCUCCUUUCCUACGCGGGAGGCAGGAAAUCAAAUCCCAACAACAUUCGCAUAAAGAUCGCUGACUUUGGGUUUGCCCGAUAUCUGCAGAAUAAUAUGAUGGCAGCAACAUUGUGUGGUUCACCAAUGUACAUGGCACCAGAAGUCAUUAUGUCUCAACACUACGAUGCCAAAGCUGACCUCUGGAGUAUAGGAACCAUCAUUUAUCAGUGUUUGACAGGAAAGGCUCCUUUUCAGGCCAGCAGCCCACAGGAUCUUCGCCUCUUCUAUGAGAAAAACAAGAUGCUGAUGCCGAACAUCCCCAGGGAGACAUCAAGCCACCUGAGGCAGCUGCUGCUGGGCCUUUUGCAGCGUAAUCAUAAGGAUCGCAUGGACUUUGAUGAAUUUUUUCAUCACCCGUUCUUGGAUGCAAGUGCCUCUAUGAAAAAAUCUGCUUCCGUGCCAAUGCCUUCCUAUCCCAGUUCAGGCUCCGGUAGUUCCUCCAGCAGCUCUUCUACUUCCCACCUGGCAUCACCUCCCUCCCUUGGAGAGAUGCAGCAGCAGCUGCAGGAGAAGGCGCUGGCAUCUCCUACGCAGGAUUCCCCCGGCUUUCUGCAUGGAUCUAAGGACUCUGCUGGAAGCAGCAGUAAGAAUUCGUCCUGUGACACGGAUGAUUUCGUUAUGGUCCCAGCACAGUUCUCAAGUGAUUUAACUGCUGAGGCUGCAGGAGGGAAACCAAUCCAAGACAGUCUGAUGUACAGUGGGAGUUCUCUGGUGACUUCAGCAGGCUUGGAAAGCCAGGGAAGGACACCAUCUCCUUCACCUCCGUACAGCAGUUCUCCUAGCCCGUCCAGCCGGCCAGGUCAGUUUUCUAGCAGCAAGUACGGACACUCUGUGCCCAUUCCAGUCCCAACACAAAUCCAUAACUACCGGCGGAUUGAGCAGAACCUGCAGUCUCCCAAUCAAUACGCCUCUCCGCGGUCUGGUACGGUUCGGAGGUCUAGCAGUACAAGUCCGCUUGGUUUUCCUAAAACUGGUGCUUCCCCUCCUUAUCCUGGAGAGCAUGGAUCUGUGCCCAGCUCUAGAAAGCUCUCCUUUGGUGGUGCCAAGCCGUUUAUGCCAUCACCGCAAGUUGGAACAAUCCCAGAGCAGCCCAGACAGACUGUUAUCCCCUCUUCUCUUGGAGCAGAAGUGAGAAGCCGGGUUCCUGUUGCCGGUUCCUCGACACCUGAACUUUCUCCUCGAGGGAUGGGCUCCCGGCUCCACAGUGCUCCCAACCUGUCAGAUUUGCAUGGCUUGCAGCACUGCCGGCAGCUCCGAUCCUCACCGAAGCUGUCCGAGUUCAUGCAGAGGAGCCCUUUGCCAACUAUAAUGGGCUCCCCUACAAAGGCUGUGUCCCCAUUUGAGUUUCCAAAAACCCCAAGUUCCCAGAAUCUCCUCACCCUCUUGGCCCAUCAGGGGGUCAUGGUGACUCCGACACGGAACAAGACCUUGCCAGAUCUGAAGGAGAUGGGUCAUUUCCACUGCCAGCAAACUGGCUUAGGAUUGAGGCCUGUGGAAGAGAUCAAGGGCAGAUCUCUGAGCACAGGCAGGCUCACUGACCUGCUUCUGAAGGCAGCCUUUGGGGCACAGAUCUCGGAAGCUGGCAGCAACGACAGCCUGAACAAUGAGAAGCCAAUGGAAAUUGCAGCUCCCUCAGGUGCUUACGGAGGGACCCUGCACUCUGGUGCCCGGGCUGGGGGCUCUGCCAGCCCAUCCCCAGUGAUUUUUACUGUCGGAUCCCCUCCCAGUGGAACAACCCCCCCACAGACCACGAGGACCAGGAUGUUUUCAGUGGGGUCUUCCAGCUCUCUCAGUUCUGGAGGCUCAUUCACCGGCAGGCACUUGGCAGUGGGAACUGGUGGGGAUGCUGUGGAAGGCCCCUCGAGUCUCCGGUACGCUUUUGCUGAUCCCAUCACCGCCAACCUGGAAGGUGCUGUUACAUUUGAGGCACCAGAGUUGCCCGAAGAGACGCUCAUGGAGCAAGAGCACACUGACAUCCUGCGCAGCCUCCGCUUCACACUGGCCUUUGUCCACUACGUGAUGGAAAUUGCUGCCCUUAAAGGCAGCUCCAGCGAGAUGAGCAGUUCGGUGACAUCUGAGUACCAGCUCCAGGAGAGUGUGGUGGCCGACCAGAUCAGCCUCCUCAGCCGAGAGUGGAGCUAUGCAGAGCAGCUCGUGCUGUAUCUGAAAGUAGCAGAGCUUCUGUCCUCGGGGCUGCAGAUGGCCAUAGAGCAGAUCAAAGCGGGCAAGCUGUGCCUCUCCUCCACUGUCAAGCAAGUUGUGAAGAAGCUGAAUGAGCUUUAUAAAUCCAGUGUAUCAUCCUGCCACUGCCUCAACAUGAGACUGCAGAGGUUCUUCUUGGACAAACAGAAACUCAUGGAUCGGAUCAACAGCAUCACUGCAGAGAAGCUCAUCUUCAGCUAUGCUGUGCAGAUGGUGCAAUCUGCAGCCCUGGAUGAGAUGUUCCACCACAGAGAGGACUGUGCACAGAGGUACCACAAGGCUCUGCUACUGAUGGAGGGGCUCCUGAACAUCAUCACUGAACAGGGCGACAUAGAGAACAUCAGUAAAUGUAAACUGUGCAUCGAGCGCAGGCUGUCAGCUCUGCUGUCGGGGUUCUGCGCCUGAUUUCAGUAGUGUUCUUCACGCACCUCACCCCCGCUGAUCACUCUGUUUCCAGUGGCCUGCUGCUGUAGUGGGAAACGAUUUUGGCAGUGGAAGACCUAGAGGAUGAACUGCUCAGUGUUUUGUAUCUUGAUGUUUUGGGAAGUUGUUCCACAGACUCGGAUUCCUUCGUGGGGACGUGUGACUGCAGCAAGCACAAAUACUUCCCUGCCCGAGGCCUGGGGGAAGACGUAGCUCAUGUAGAAAGGUUUCCCUCGUUGGCAGAGGAGACGAAGGAUAGAAGUCUGCUUCUUCCCAGCACUUUGAAGGAUAAGACUGCUGCCUAUUCCUCUUGCUUAAGAACAGGGUAUUCCAGUGCUGUGUCCAUUGCAGGCAAUGGAUGUGCUGAAACUGCUGGCUCCAGUUAAUGUUGGAGGCUGUCAUUCAGAAAUCAAGGCCAGUUUGUGUACUUUUCCCCACCCAGCUGAGGGCCAGGCAUCAUCAAGCUUCCUGGCAACCCGAGGCUCCUCUCCU